AUGGCGGGCGCGCGCGCGCCCCCCGCCGCCUCGCGCCCCUCGCCGCUCCCCGCCCGGCCGAGGGCUGCGCCCGCGGGAAGGAGGAGCCGCGGCCGCCCGAGGAGAAGGGCGGGGGGGCGGCGGCCGAGAGAACGCGCGUCCGGGCCCCCCCCCCCCGGCUCCGGCCUAGAUCGCCGCUGCGAGCUGCCCACAAUGGAUCCGGCCGGGCUCGGCGCCGCUUCCGUCCCGACAGGCCCCGGAUCGGGUCGAAUGGCAAAUGAACAACGGGCGGCUCCCACAAUGCACCGGGACGGCCGCCGCAGGGGAGGGGGAGCGCGAGCGGGGGGCGGGCGGGCGGCCGGGAAGGAGGGGGGGAAGCGGGGGGCAGCGGGGCGGGCGCGACAGCUGCGGCGCGUCACGAGCCCCGCCCCGCCCCGCCCACCGCGCGGCGACGAGAGGGGUGCGCGCCCCCUCGCCCUUCUCGGCCGUCCGCCUCGCGAGGGGCCGCGGUGGCUCCCUUCGCCCGCGCACGCGCGGGGGGCCCGCGGCUCUCGGUGGCGGCCGCGCCCGCGGGGCGGGGGGCUGCUGCCUCGGCCGCACGGAGCCGGGGGCGGCGGGGCGGCCGUCGGUGCCGGCGGGCUCGGCGGGAGCCGCGACGGAGCGGCCGGCGCUGGCGGCGGCAGCGCGUGCGGGACCGUUAGGCGCGGCGCGAGCCCGGCGCGUGCGGCGGUGGCGGCCGCGCACGUGCGGCGCGUCCCGACCCGACCGGCGGCGCUGGGGCCGCUCUCGGCGGGAAGGGCGAAGCGCGGCCGGCCCGGCCGGUUCGGGGGAGGGGGGGGUGCUGGGCCGCGCUCCGCCGCGCUCCUCGGGCGCCCCUCCUUUAGGGCCGUCGUUUACGGGACCGUCAGAUGGUCGGUUUGCUCAGAAAACCGUCCGUUCUGGCCGCGAGCAGAGCCCUGAAAGAUACGGGGAGAGAAACCUGCGAGGAGAGUUUGCAGGAGUGCUGUGAGUGGUGCACGGAACGCCGCGCAGGAGAACGCUUUCCUCCUUCCCAAACGUGCCUUGGGAAAAGUAAUUUCUCAAGUAGUUGGUAAUUGCUGCCAGGUACUUAGUGAAAAUUUAUCUUCUCUUGGGGUUGCGAUUAAGAAAAGCCUUCUGAAAUUCCAGGGACGGAUGGUGAAUCUCUGGUGGAUUAAAAGAGCUGCCUGAGGCAGGGUCACGUUUCCAGGAGGGGAAGGAAAGGUGCUCUGGGUUUCGGUGUGGAUUCGGAGCUGGGGAGGUGAAGCAUCGCGAAAUUUGCUGUGCCUCAGCGGGGCACGGGGUGGAGAUAGCGGUUCAACUCCAGAUCCGUCAGAGCAGAGGGUUCCCACGCACGACGCAGCCUCUGUGAAGCGCAGAGCGCGGCGGCAGUUCCUAAGCUCCCGGGCUUUGUGAUGCUUUCAUAUCCCCGAGCGUGAGAUCCUCGCCUGUCAGCGUUUGUCAGCCGACUGCUGCCUCGCACUCGGCUGCACUGCAGUUUCUCGACCGUUUGAAAACUGUACUGCUCUUAAAUGCUUGGCGUUGUAGAUUCUUUCUCACUGAAUCUUACUAAACUAGAACGGGUUGCAGCGAGCUUGCAUUAAGAAUCCCCGCAGGGAUCCACGUGUAGGGAGGAGACUUGUUGCAGCCGGGGGCAUAGCCUGCGUCCGGGAAUGUUUACAGCAUUCCCUGUGGGUGUCUGGGGAUGCACUGAGGUGCUUAGAAAGCGUGAGAGGAACUGCAGGAGAAGGAGCCAUAGGUCUCUGCAGUAGAGUGCAAAGAUAAUCAGCAUUUGAGUGCGGUGGCUAAUCUAGAAUUGCUAAUAAAAUUGAUAGGGAAUCAUAAAAUAAUUUAGAUUGGAAGGAACCUCUGGACUUGAAAGCGGGACUGGCCUCCAUUGCAUUGGGUUGCUCAGGGACAACGUCUCAAGCCUUUCCCGGACUGUUUGCUCAGCAAACCUUGUAGUGACGUAGCUCUUCCCAAAUAACCUCACUAAUUCCUUGCUUUGUCAGCCCGAUACGAGGGAUUCCACCCCCGUUCCUGCACUCAGCAUGAGGAUCUUAAUCAAACCGCUGUGGCUGAUUGGAGUGGUCCAUAGUGUCUCUGUGACACCAGAAUUUAGGUUGUAUGGGUGAAGUUGGUUCUUUCUACUGAAUGUCUUCACAAACACAGGUCUAACCGGGCAGUGUUAGCUUUCUCUUAGCACUUAACACACCCAAAAAAUUAAAACCUCUUAUCUUCACUGCAGAAGUUUUUAUUUUCAGACUCGUUUGUUGCAAGUGAAGUUUUAUUUUAAUGUUUGGACUAAAUAUUUGAAAAAAUCGUCCUGACAUGCUGUGGCAAGAAUGUGUUUAUAGUAACAUUAAUUUGCUGUUUCUUCAUAAGCAGUUUUUCACUUCCCCUGUCAAACCCACGCACCACUGAGGUUUAUAGCUGGAAAUAAUCACCAAACGUGCAGUUCGUGGUCAUUUUUAACGUGCAUUUUCCCCGCUAUAGUCUCUUGAGAGUCAGUAGCAUUUACUACCAAAGACCAUGUAUUCAGACAUUGGAACUGGAACAGGUUGCCCAAGGAGGUUGUGGAUGCCCCAUCCCUGGAGGCAUUCAAGGCCAGGCUGGAUGUGGCUCAGGGCAGCCUGGUCUGGUGGUUGGCGACCCGGCACAUAGCAGGGGGGUUGAAACCAGAUGAUCUUUGUGGUCCUUUUCAACCCCGGCCAUUCUGUGAUUCUAUGAUUAACAAACAUCUCUUUCCUUUCCCAUGCUUUGACCAGAAAAUGCUGGAGAGAACUCUCCACUGCUUUACUGCCCCAGUCCUAUAGAUAGUACGUGCUGUUUUAUUCAGUCUGAAAUCCAAUUCUCCAGUUAGAACAUUCAGCGUUCUUGUUUCUCUGAUAAUCCCUUGGUUCUUUCCGCUUCUUUCUCCUCUAUUACAGAAAGACCUACAAAUCUCCCACGGUUCACUGACAAAAAUUGGUAAAGUGAUGUAGCUUCCUGUAAAUGAAGAGCUCUCAUGCCUCACAUGAGGGAGUGGAAUAAAUAAUGGAUGCUUCACGUUACGUGUGCCCACUGCAGUGUGGCAUCUUGCACCGCUUCUAGAAUAACGCACACCUAAACUGUGCUGUUACCAGUCCCUGGCAUUGCUUUGUUGAAAGGUAAUAAUUGAGCAGGAUACCAUGAAGAGAAGCAAAUAUUGCAUGAACUCCUGUUUAUCGCUCUGUGUGCUUAUAUAUACAUAUAUGAAGAGAAUGAUUUAUAAAACUGCUUAGAGGAUGGAUAUCAUUGCUGAUAAAUUCCGUAUGUAAUACUGUUCAAAUUCCAUACUACUAAAUUUAAUGCUAUUAAAAUGCCAUUGAAGCAUUUAAAA